ACAUUUACGAUAAUUAGGUAGUUUAAAAUGCACACUUAUAAUGAAUGUAUUUCCUAAAAUCAAUUUUUAACUUUUUAUUGAAAUUUUUAAAGGUGCGCGAUUGGUGAAGCAUGAUUUAAAUACCGACGUACCAAACACCAAAAAAUUUCAACAAAUUUUUGAAUACGAUACUCAGUACAGACUAAAGAUCCUUUUCUAUAUUGUUUACGUAUUUUAAUUGAAUUCAACUUUUAUUUUUCGUGUUUAUUUUACUUUGUAAUUGCUUACCAAUAAUUGUCAAAAUUAACAGAUAGGAAUGUUGCACUUAUUCAAUAAUUUUCGAAUGUUUAUGUACUCAGAUAACAGAAAGCAAAAAUCAAUAUUUGGAUGAUAAAGGACUUGAUUAGAAAUCCUAUGUUGGAUAUAAUUUUUAUGUCUUUAAGAUUGCUACACAUAUUUAUUGUUAAAUGUCUGAAAUGCUGUCGUAUGGAAUAUUUGCAAUGUGUUAAAUUUAAUGCUUAUUAAAUAGAAAACGUAUAAAAGUAACUUCGUGGUCGUUCACCUGAAUUAAUGUGCAAUCUGUAAUUCAUCUACGUGAAAUGAAAGAUAGGAUUUUAUUCGAUAUUAGUUUAGAAAUAAAAAGUUAAAUCGCUCUAAAAAUUGAUUUUAACCAAUGUCGGCAGUAUAGUAAUUUAAACUGAAGGCUUUUGUACUAUCAUUUUGAGACAUUCUUUUUUAAUUAGUCCAAUAAAUACUCUUAAGUGCCUUCAACAUUCUACUUAUAACAUUGUCUUUACAUUAGCGUACAGAACAAAAUGAACGUGUGUUAUAUUCUGUAUUGUGUGUGAAUGUUUUUGUAGAAAGUAGCCAAGUGUAGGUACCUACAUCCACAUUUAUGCAUUAAUAGUGAAAGUGUUUUAGUUCUGUUUCAAAAUCAAACAGGGACAGUAGAACGAACAAAAUUGCUAAAUUAUAAUAAUUGUGUGAUUAGUGUAUUAAAGUUCAAAAGAAAUGGAUCACAGUCACCAUCACAUGGAUGAUGGAAUGGUGGACACAAGACUUGACCAUGACCAUAAUCACAACGAUAACGGCUCGUCUGAUUCUUCCCAUGUGCACUCGAUGCAAAUGCAAAUGUGGUUUUACUUUGGCAAUUCAGCGACGGUUUUAUUCGAAAGUUGGACAUUUAGUUCUAUAGGAGGGCUGGUUGGUUCCAUGAUAGGUAUCUUCUUUUUAGCGGCGCUAUAUGAAGGAUUAAAAUAUUAUAGGGAGUAUUUAUUCUGGAAAACUUACAAUGCACUUCAAUAUCGCGCCGUUACCUUGCCCUCAGAGAAAGGGGUGGUAAAUGACGAAAAUCAAGUUGUUCACAUGGUCGGUGAAGUCAUCCAUAAACAGCCGCCAACUAUACUGAGUAAAAUGCAUUUCUUCCAAACGUUCCUACACGUGAUUCAAAUUACCCUUUCGUACUUCUUGAUGUUGAUUUUUAUGACUUACAAUGCGUGGCUGUGCAUAGCAUUGGUUUUGGGGGCUGCAUUCGGUUAUUUCCUCUUCGGUUGGAAGAAAUCUGUUAUCAUCGAUGUGACGGAGCAUUGUCAUUAGCGAUACACCCCCGCAUUCAUAGGGGCUCAUGUCUUGGUGGUCAGACGAUGUACGGCAAAAUGUAAGACAUCACAAUAACAACCUGAUCGAAAAAACUUUUUCCAUAUCUCAAUAAAGACAGUAUUCUCGUGUCAUAAACAAUUUUUGACACAAAUUUAGGGAACGAUAAUAUUGUUACGCUUUCCCCUGAAUUUUUAAGCUCAAAAAGUUUUCAUUUGCCACUAAAAUUUUUAUCUGUGGAUUUAACACUGUAAUAUAUGUAAUUAUGAAUGUAUAAAUGUAAGCAUUAAAUAUGUCCGAAUUGUAUUUUAAAAUAAAAUCUCCUCUAGUUGAAUCUUAAAACACAGAUAAGGCUUACAACUAGUUAAGUUUAUAUAUUUUCGGGGAACAUCAUAUUUAUUUUAUGGACAUUGACAAAUCACUAUGCAGGACUUAAAUUCUGACUUCUGCUUUUUUAUAUUUAAGCACCAGAUACUUCUUGACACUAUUUUUUGUUUACGAUUAGUUAUCAAUUUAUUUGCAAUCCCUUUUUAUUGUAAGCAUUUUAUUCACCACUAUACUUGUGACUUUUCCUGUUAGGUAAUCUAUUAAUACAAUAGUUAAAUUCAAGCAAAAAAGGCCUAAACUGUUUUUAUAGUUUUGGACUUAUAUAUUAUUAUGGUCCACCCUGUAUAUAUUUAU